UUUACGCGGUAAACUGUGGAGAGUUAAAGUAAGAGUCGAAAUAAAUAAAAUAUUACAGAUGCCGAUUAUCAAUGCAUCAUGUUCGUACCAAACUUAGAAAAAGAAUUUUACAAUGCAAUACAAAGAGAUAGAUGUUUAUUAUUAGUAAACUUUGAUGUAGAUGCAAUUUGUGCCUGUAGAAUUUUGCAACAAUUAUUUAAAAAUGAUAACAUAUUAUAUACGCUUGUACCUGUGCAAGGUAUACAAGAUAUGGUUCAGGCAAUAGAAGAAAAUUGUGAAGAGGUAAAAAAUAUUAUUAUGAUAAAUUGCGGUGGCACGAUAGACUUAGUUGAACUUUUACAACCUCCAGAAUCUGUAAUAUUUUUUAUAAUUGACAGUCAUAGACCAUAUGAUUUGUGUAACAUAUAUUCAGAAUAUCAAAUACGUAUUCUUGGAAAGCCAGAUACUGAAGAAGACAUUCCGGAGUAUAAUGAUGUGUUCAGGGAUGAUUCAUCAGAAGAUGAAAACGAUUCAAACGAGAACUCCGAUAAUAGUGAUAGUGAAUCCAGAAAGACGAAAAGACGUAGAUUAAAUGAAGAAGAUCUUUUAAAGAGACAAGAAAAAAGAUUGUGGGCUGAAAACAGAGCAACUAUUCUUUUUAAUUAUUCACAGUAUAGCUAUUAUGGAACAUCUAGUGCAGUAAUUAUUUUUGAAAUGGCUUGGCACAUGUCUAAAGAUAAUUUGGACAUGCUAUGGUGGGCUAUAAUUGGUUCAACUGAACAAGCCAUUCUUAGUAAAGUAGAAUCACAAACAAGUAUACUUGAAGAAGGUACACUCCAAGCACACGUUUCAAGAUUAACUCAUAAACAGGGUAUAACUAACGAUAAGCCAUGUGAACAGAGUAUAGUUAGAAUAACUUAUGAUAAAGAUCUUCGACUUGUACUUUAUCGUCACUGGACCGUCGAAGCAAGUCUUAGGCAUUCGAUGCCAACUGCAGUAUCGCUACGGCUUUGGUCUAUUAGAGGAGAACAACGUCUGAAAGAACUUUUAGCAGAAAUGGGAUUACCAUUAGCGCAAUCAAGACAACGUUUCACCGCUAUGGAUCUCACUCUUAGACAUGAAUUUAGGCAAAUGGUAGAAAAAUUAGCUGGAAAAUACAAUGUUGAUAGAAUUGUUGGUACUAGUUUUACAUUACAAUAUGGUUAUCGGUUUAAAUACUGUGCAUCGGAUAUAGUUUAUGCGAUGCUAGCAUUAAUAGAAUCUACGACAAAGGAAAGAUUACCACAGCGUUGUUUCUUGGAUGCAUUGGAUUGUUUGUCACGUAAUAAAAAGGAACUUUUAGAAAAUGGUAUAGAGAAAGCAAAACUCAUGCUUAGCAACAUUUUUAAGACUGCACAAAUCAUAUUAGAAAUGAAGCAAAUUAUAAAUACUGGUUCAUUUCUUUAUAUUGUUGUUCCGGAUGGUACUUUAGAUAGUCGUUUAUUUGCUCAUCCUCAUCCAUUGACCAUGCUAGCUCAAUUCAUUUUGAAAGCAUAUGUACAUUCAACUAAAAGUAAGCGUGCACGUGAAUGGCCUAUGGUUGCAACAGCUUUGUUCAAUCCUGAAGAGGGUACAUGUCUGAUAGUUGGCAUUCCACCAAUAUGCGAAGAUCAACCGCGGAGUUUAUUUGGGAAGGCGUUUGAACAAGCAGCUAAAAAUACAGGUUCAUAUAUAGAUGCGGAUUACUUUGAUACAACAGUAGUAAGACUGAAAGUCGAAGAGAGACCAAAAUUUUUUGAUGCUCUAGCAGCACUUCUUACUUAAUCAUAAGAUUAAAUUAAUUGUCAAUGUGUUAUAAAUCAUGUGAAAAUUUUACAAAAUAUGACUAUAAGAGAUGCAUUUAAUAUGUAUAAUUUAUCUUCUUUAUGUAACAUUACACAUAAUAUUAUUUUAACAUUAAGAACGCGCAAAUGAUUAGGUAUUGUAAUAUAUAUAUAUAUAUGUACAUUUGUAUAGUUGUAUAUCAUAAAUAAGGCACUAGUAUUUAGUGUGAUUGGUAUGAAUGCAAAUGAAGUGUAUUUGUUGAUCGAAAGUUUUAAUUGACUUAACAUACAAAAAACGUGAAAUAUCAUUGAGGUUGAAUUUAUAUUUAGUGUGUUUAUAUAUUAUUUUUAAUAUUAUUGUAAAAGUAAAAAUUAAAAAGAAAGAAAAAAAAUACAGAAAACAAAUAGCACAAUAGAUAUUUAUAUUUAUGAAAAAACAAAUGGAAGGACAAGAGGAGUAAUUAAAACACGUCUGUAUCUAACAUCAAUUUAUUAUUAACA